AUGCCGUUGCACUCACACGCGGCACUGGCUCCAGGCGACGAGCCUUACAUCGGCAGCACCAUGGUAGAGAAGGUCGCACCACCGUCCACCAAAGUGAUCGGGCACGAGGCGAAGGAAAAAUUCCUGGCGUGGGCAGAUUCUGAGCAGGGCUUCCAAGUCUCGCCAGAUGUGGACCUGUUUCACGCCUUCUCAGAGGGCUAUCGAGGGGUAGUGGCAACCAAGGACAUCCCGCGCGACGCCGUGCUGGUACGCAUUGCACGCAGCUGUUGCCUUGGACCAGAGACCACGGAUGAAUCUAAAAAUUCUUGGACGAAGGCGAUGUCGACCUCUGCGGUGGAUGCCACAAAAACUACUCAAGGGGAAUCUUCCAAGCCUCCUGCGCCGCGCUUGACCCGGGCUUGCUUGACGGUGCUCCGGCUGCUGCACGAGCGAGGGCUGGGGGAAUCUUCGCCAUUUCACUCCUACCUGAGCGUUCUGCCGCAAGACCAUCGCUUACCGCUCGAGUGGACGGAGGCAGAGGUUGGUCUGCUACAGGGCACAUCGGCGGAGCCACUGGUGGGGGCCGGAAGCCUUGACAGUCAAUUCGAGGCCUUCCAAAGUGUGGUCGCACAACAUCCAACAGUGUGGGAGCCCAGCGUGUGCACCAAGGCCGCUUUCGCCAAAGGGGUGAAUUGGGUGCGCUCCAGAGGUUUCACAGUGAUGGGUGAUCCUCACAUGAUACCCGGAGCCGACAUGUUCAACCAUGACCCUAACAAGCAAUCUGUGCAGAUCGGCACAGAUGGGGAGGAGCAUUUCGUCAUGAAAACUGUGCAGCCGGUAAAGGCUGGAGAGGAGGUGUUCAGCAGCUUUGGUCACAUUUCGAAUGCCCAGCUCCUCAACUCGUAUGGGUUCGUUCUACCCGGGAACUCGUUUGAUACUGUGCUCAUCCCGACCCAGCUUGUCGUGAAUACGUGCUACGCCACCUUCGUGAAGCUUGAGGCUGAUAAGCUCGGCGAGGCAGAGACCAAAAAGACGUGGGAGCAGCGACUGGCGAUGGUUGCCAGCAACAGGGACGCUGAUGAGGGGGAGCAAGAGGCCUUCGUGGUUUCGAAGUACGAUCUGCUGCCUGAGAGUCUUGCGGAUAUGGUCCAGAUCCUCACCAUGAGCAAUGAUGAGGAAGUCGCCUACGCGACUAUUGCCGCAGUCAGCCAGGCGAAAAUGGGACAAUACAGCCCUCUGCUACAGGACGCUAAAAGAAACGCGGGCGAAGGGGCUAUUGGAGCGGACGCAAGAACGCUCGCGAGGAUGCUUGUAAACGAGGAAAAAAAGGUCCUCCAAGAUCUGAGACUUCAGCUCAUGAGCGUGAUACUGGACGACAACGAGGAUGAGGACAAGGACGAGGAUGAGGGAAAUAACGACAGUAGUGGAAGAGGCGGUAGUGCAAGUGGAACCAGCCCGGACGCAAGUGAAGAAAAGGGCACAAAGAAGAGGCGCAAGGGGUAA